GGCAGCGGCGGCAGGAUGCGGGCGGGCCGCGGCGCGGCGGGCGGGGAGGCAGCGGCCGAGGAGGAGGCGGCCGAUGGGGCCAAGCGCGGCGGGGCGGCGGCGACGGGGCGGGCGCGGAGCCGCGGCGGGAAGGGGUCCCCGAACGGCGAGUGCCGUCGCGGGGAACCGCCGCGCAGCCCCGGCCCGGAGCCGCCCCGAGAGCCCAAGGUCUCCUUCUCCUGCGGCGGCGGCGGCGCAUCCCCCGGCGGGGCCAAGGCGGCCGAGGAGGGGGCGAGCGAGGAUGCGGCCGAGGAGGUCCGCGGGAGCCAGGCCAGCUUCAUGCAGCGGCAGUUCGGGGCGAUGCUCCAGCCCGGCGUCAACAAGUUCUCGCUGCGGAUGUUCGGCUCGCAGAAGGCGGUGGAGCGGGAGCAGGAGCGCGUCAAGUCGGCGGGGGCCUGGAUCAUCCACCCCUACAGCGACUUCAGAUUUUACUGGGACUUCACGAUGCUGCUCUUCAUGGUUGGCAACCUGAUCAUCAUUCCCGUGGGCAUCACCUUCUUCAAGGAGGAGACCACGGCCCCCUGGAUCGUGUUCAAUGUGGUCUCUGACACCUUCUUCCUGAUGGACCUGGUGCUGAACUUCCGGACAGGGAUUGUCAUUGAGGACAACACAGAAAUCAUCCUGGACCCUGAGAAGAUCAAGAAGAAGUACCUCAAGACCUGGUUUGUGGUGGACUUUGUCUCCUCCAUCCCUGUGGACUACGUUUUCCUCAUUGUGGAGAAGGGCAUAGACUCGGAGGUCUAUAAGACGGCCCGCGCCCUCCGCAUCGUGCGAUUCACCAAGAUCCUCAGCCUGCUGCGGCUGCUCCGCCUCUCCCGGCUCAUCCGCUACAUCCACCAGUGGGAGGAGAUCUUCCACAUGACCUACGACCUGGCCAGUGCGGUGAUGAGGAUCAUCAACCUCAUCGGGAUGAUGCUGCUGCUCUGCCACUGGGAUGGCUGCCUCCAAUUCCUGGUGCCCAUGCUGCAGGAUUUCCCCCAGAACUGCUGGGUCUCCAUCAACGGGAUGGUGAACGACUCCUGGAGUGAGCUGUACUCCUUCGCCCUCUUCAAGUCCAUGAGCCACAUGCUCUGCAUCGGCUACGGGAAGCAGGCGCCCGAGAGCAUGACGGACAUCUGGCUGACCAUGCUGAGCAUGAUCGUGGGGGCCACCUGCUACGCCAUGUUCAUCGGCCACGCCACCGCCCUCAUCCAGUCGCUGGACUCCUCCCGGCGCCAGUACCAGGAGAAGUACAAGCAGGUGGAGCAGUACAUGUCCUUCCACAAGCUGCCCGCUGACUUCCGCCAGAAGAUCCACGACUACUACGAGCAUCGCUACCAGGGCAAGAUGUUUGAUGAGGACAGCAUCCUGGGGGAGCUCAACGAGCCCCUGCGUGAGGAAAUUGUGAACUUCAACUGCCGCAAGCUGGUGGCCUCGAUGCCGCUGUUUGCCAACGCCGACCCCAACUUCGUCACGGCCAUGCUCACCAAGCUGAAGUUUGAGGUGUUCCAGCCGGGCGACUACAUCAUCCGAGAGGGCACCAUCGGCAAGAAGAUGUACUUCAUCCAGCACGGGGUGGUCAGCAUCCUCACCAAGGGCAACAAGGAGAUGAAACUCUCCGACGGCUCCUACUUUGGGGAGAUCUGCUUGCUGACCCGCGGCCGGCGCACGGCCAGUGUCCGUGCAGAUACCUACUGCCGCCUCUACUCACUCUCAGUGGACAACUUCAAUGAGGUGCUGGAGGAGUACCCCAUGAUGAGACGGGCCUUUGAGACCGUGGCCAUCGACCGUCUCGACCGCAUCGGGAAGAAGAACUCGAUCCUGCUCCACAAAGUGCAGCACGACCUCAACUCAGGUGUCUUCAACAACCAGGAGAACGAGAUCAUCCAGGAGAUCGUCAAGUACGACCGGGAGAUGGUGCAGCAGGCGGAGCUGCAGCAGCACACGGCCAUGUACAGCCCCGUCCAGCCCCAGGUCACCUCUGCCAUCGCCACCCUCCAGCAAGCUGUCGCCAUGAGCUUCUGCCCGCAGAUGGCCAGCCCGCUGGUGGGCUCCAUGGCGCUGGGCUCGCCCCGCAUGAUGCGCCGCUUGCAGUACGCCCAGGCCGUGCCCAGCCCCUUCGCCGUGUCCCCCGUCCUGCUGCAGCAGAGCCCCCCGCCGCAGCCGCAGCCCCCCGUGCCCCACGCCAACCCCUCGCCCUCGCAGGACCCGGCGCAGCCCACGGCCCUGCCCGCCUCCACCAGCGCCUUCGCCGCGGCCGCGGCCAGCCCGCCAUCCCAAAGCCCGCUGGCCAGCCGGACGUUCGCCUACGGAGGCGCCCCCGGGCCGCUGGGCUCCCAGCUGUCCCUCAGCCAGCAGCCAGCGCCCGGCUCGCCCCAGCGCCUGGCCGCCCACAAGAGCACACAGGCGCUGCACACCAGCAGCCUCAGCCAGGAUUCGCGGCCCCUCUCGGCCUCGCAGCCCUCGCUGCCCCAUGGGCUGGCGGCCGGCAGCACCCAGAGCCCCCCGGCCUCCGCCCGCGAGUCCAGCACCUCCAUCGGAGGGGGCCCGGCCGCCGCCUCGCCGGGCCCGGGCCCUCCGGCCGGGCUGCGGGCCCAGGCACCCUCGCGGGGGGCCCCGGCCCACCCGGCGCCCACGGGCUCGGGGCUGACACCGCCGCCCGCCCUGCCGCAGGACUCGGCGGCGGCCCGCAAGGAUUCGGCGUCCAGCACGCCCGACACGGACCCGGCCAAGUCCAGGCUGUCUUCCAACUUGUGACCUCCGCGCCGGGCACGGGGACACGCGUGCCGGAGGGGCGGCGGCAGGGAGCCCCACGUCACCUCGUGGCCACCCUGCGCCGCCGGGUGAGGGCC